AUGAAAAAUUUGAUACGCACUAAUAGUGCUGCGGGUGGCGGCAGUGGAGGUGGAGGUGGUGACCUCGAUCGAAACCCGAACCUGCGUCAUAUGCAUCAGUAUGGUGAUUUCGACCAUAGACCGCUGCAUGAUCACCAAAGUACACAGUGCCCACCUGGUAUGGAACAUCAACAGCACCUAUUUGCAUGUGGCAGUGGACCGCACAUGUUGCCCCUGGUGGCACGAUCUUUUUCUUGUUCCCAGCCGAGUGGCAUGGGCGACUACCCAAGCGAAACCAUUAAACACCAUUGUAAAAGUGAAAAACAUGACGACGAUGUGAGCAGCGGUAGUGGCAGUGGCGGUGGCGGCAAAUGUCAAAUGCAUUCCAACAACGUCGUCGUCGGCAGCCCGGGUGGAGGUGGCAUCCUAGUGAAAACCGAAUUCAAUGAGAUGCAGCAGAGUAAAUCAUCACCUGUCCACGAAGUAUUCGAGAUGACUUCAAAUGCAUUCACAUCAAAUGUACUAGGCGGCGGCGGUAGCAGUGGUAGUGCCCAGUUCCAUCAUGACCAUCCAGACAGUGCCAGCAGUCCCCCGUUGCCCCUGAUGGAAUCUGCAAAUGCAUCCUCGAACAUCGUAUCCCACCACCACCAUCAACAGCUUCAACACCAACACCAUCAGCACCACCAGUGCUCGCCUCAUUCAUAUGAAUCAUAUCUGUAUGCCAGUGCCAGUGGACCCAACCGAGUGGGAAUGUCCCCGCGUCAGCCACCAGGAACGAUGAGCACUGGAGCUUCUAGUGGUGGUGGUAAUUCAGAAGUGUCCGGAACUCUAUUCCAUUGUAAAUCAUUCUUUGCUGACAGCGGCAGCGGUAGCUCUGGAAUUGCAGCCUUCUACCCAAACAACCAGCCGCACCAGUCGAAUAAUGGUGACUCUUGCCGAGGAGACGACUCCAAUGGUGGCUAUCCCAGCAGCACCAACACCAGAGACUCCGAAGAGAAAGUAGUUAAAGCAAUUAAAGCAAGAAAAAUUUCAGAUUAA